AUGGGAUUCUUCUAUGAUAAUCCAGUGAUCGAGUUUUUUCACAGAAUAACAAGAAAGCCAAGUACUAUUGCAAUGUGGGUAUUUGCCAGUGUGAUUUGUUCGAGUACAUUUUAUUUAAUGUUUAUGUCAUCGCCUACAAUUGAUUUCAACCCAAAAUCUGAGGGAGAUAAGGACAAGUAA